ACCAACAAAAAGUUUAUGGAAAAAUUAAAAUGAGUUCAAGUUGCGAAAGGUGUGUAAUAGAAUGGGUGGAAAUUAUCGAACCCCGCACCAAAGAGCACAUGUAUGCCAAUUUAACCACAGGCGAAUGUGUUUGGGAUCCACCUGAAGAUGUACCAAUUAAGCGCACCGAUUCAUCACAAUGGUGGGAAUUGUUUGAUACAAAUACGCAACGUUUCUAUUACUAUAAUGCUGCCUCACAGAAGACCGUCUGGCAUAGACCAAGCAAAUGUGACAUCAUACCACUGGCCAAAUUGCAAACGCUCAAACAGAAUACCGAUCCCAGUGAUCGUCGUGAGAUUAGUACACAAACAUUACAACAACAAUUGCUACAGCAGCAACAACAGCAGCAGCAACAACAACACCAUCAGUCGUCACAGCAUUCAUCGCCCUCGAUGCCUAAAAUACGUUCAUCAUCUCAGCGUGGCAAUAGCAGUCAUCAUAAUCUCCAUACGCAAAAUAGCAACACAAGUACCACGGGUAGUGCGGGGAGUGGUGGUGGCGGCAGUAGAGCUGGAGAUGGCGGCAGUAUUGGUGGCACUAAUAAACGCAGCAGCGCUGGUUUGCCAUUGCAUGCCAGUUCGGAAGAGAAACUAACCACCGAAAUACUCUCAAGUCCACGUGGGCGUCAAAGUUUUCGCGUUGGCACUGGUGAUUCAUCACGUUCCAUGGAUAUGCAACAAAUCUCAACAUCAUCAAGACGUUCACAAGAUUCUUACAAUCAUGUCAGAGAAUCCGGCAAAUCGAGUGAUUCUAGUCUUUCCAGUAUACAUGGCUAUCGCAGAUUCAAUGAUGAUCAUAUAGGAGGCGGUGGUGGUGGCUUAAAUAGUUCGGGGAUGGUAGGUGGAGGAGGAGUAGUAGGCACAAACGAAAGCUUACGAGUGGGUUCAUUGCAAAAACAUCGUAGUCGUAAAGAGGGUAGCAGUGGUGGCAGUUUUGAUGUGCUGCAAGAGAGUAUCAGUUCGCAUAAUAUUCCACAUGUCAGCAGUAGUAGCCAGCGUCAGCAUAGAUCAAGCGAAAUGAGUUCACCCACUAUGCAUACGCCACAAACGAAAAAGAAAAUCUCACCGGAUGCUCAUCAUUUGCAGCAAUAUCCACAAACAUCGCCGUCGCCACAGCAACCCAUAUUUAAUUCACAGCAACGUUCAUUGGUAAGCGGUGGAGGCGGUAGUACUACGGGCAGUGUUGGCAGUAAGUCAUCAACAUCCACACGACAAACUAUGGAAUAUGGAGGAAGUGAUAGAGAACGCGACUUUAAGGUGUCCUUGGCUAGAUCGGGCAGUUUUAUGUCUUCAUCCAUUAAUCCCUCGGCUGCUGGCCACCACAGUAAAUCGUAUCGCCGUUCGGCGGCCGAGACCGCCAAUGGCGUGGGUGUUUCGCCUGCCAGCGCUGCUUGCAUUGUGGGUGGUGGUAAUGGUGGCAAUGGGGGAGCGGCUAGCGAUGAUUCCAUGCACGAGAAAUACUUUAAAUCCGUGGAGAAUACGCCACUCUCACGCCGUCGCCACACUACCACACCCAAAGGUUCCAGUGGGGCCGCUAGCGCCAGCAGUGGCCAUGGCACUGGUGGCAGUGCUGGCAGCAAUAUGAAACAUUCUAGUGAUUCAUCACCCCAAAGUCCCAUCAGUCCACACAGUAAUAAAAAUAAACCACUUAAGGCCUCGCCCAAUAUUAUGUCGGAACGCGGCACUCCCUUGCUACAUUCACCCGGUGGUCAUUCCAUCUGUUCGGUGCAACAGCCACCAUCGUCAUCUAGUCAUUCGCAUCAUAAACAAGAUUCAUCUUGUAGUUUAGAAUUAUUAAAUUUGGAUCGUUUGUCGUUGAGGGAGGGUGCUGGUGGUGUUGUUGGUGUCUUGGGCGAGAGAAUGGGCUCCAACAAAACCACUUCGCCUCACUUGAGCGACAUAACGGGACAUGUAACGGCCACGAAUAAUAUAACAUCCAAGAAUUUUCCUUCUUCCGACAAUAUUGGCCUGUUGACUCAUUCUUCAAGGGGUUCGAAUGAUUCACGUGGCAAACACAAGUCUUCGAAUACGGGUUCAUGGUCACAGCCGCAGGAUAAUCGUUCCAGAGGUCAUAAUUCAUUGAGUUUGGACAAACAAUCUCGUCAUUCUAACGAUUAUUAUCAUCAUGAUAAUAAACGUAAUUCUCGUAAAGCCAAAGAAAGACAUCAUCAUUUGCAUGCCGAUAAUAGUGAUGUGGAAUAUGAUAAUGGUAAUAUAUCGCCCUUAUACAGUAACUGGGAUUCGGAAAUGCAGGAGCAUUUAUUGCCCCUCAAACACUACAUAAUCGAACAGGCGAAAUUGUCGGGUCGUUAUGUAUUCGGUGAUCCCAUUGAUUCGGAUUCCUAUCAUUCGGACAGCCAGUCGGAGCAGUCGUUGUCGGGUCAUGAGCCCGAUAAUGAAGAUUCAGAUGGCGGUUCGGAUACACAUGGUGGUUAUUUAGAGCACAAUUAUGGUAUGAUUGAAGACUAUGCAAAUAUGGGCGAUAGUGUCUCAUAUUAUGCCUAUCAAUAUCCACCAUAUGAUCCAGCUGCCAGAGAAGAAAUCUCGGAUAACGUGGAAGCUGUUCUAGAGGGCAUAGGCUCCGAUGUUAACUCACAAAAAUCAAAACAACCUACACGCUAUCAAUACUACGAUACUGCUACCACUCACACCCCCUCUACACUUAAUCAACAACAGUCGACACAUCAUUUCAGUACAGCACAGCAACAGCCACAUCAUCUCCUUACUGCACAACAGCAGCCACAACAAUUGUAUUCAAAUGCACCGCCACUACCGCCCGGUCAUCCUUCAGCCUCUGCCUCUCAUCAUCACUUGCAAUUGGAUGGCUCGGACAAAUCAAAACAAUCACAAACUCUACCCUCACCCAAUCGGCAAAUAUCACGCAUUGCACAAAAUUCCCAAGACAGUGGCACCGGCAUUGGUGGCCGUUUGCCAAUGCCACCGCCGCCACCACAUCCCUAUACCAAAGAAGGCGAAACAAAUGUUUCGAAUAUGGUGGGUGGCAGUAUGAUGCGUCGACCAUUGCCACCGCCCAAUCUCAAGCCCACUAUACAGCAAAUCUUUCCACCCAGCGAACGGGCACCCCAGGGUCUGGGCGGUAUGCCCACGUUGGCCUGCAUGAAGGAAUGUGAUAUUGAAAAGUUUGCGGCGGAUAAUUUAAAUCUGCACUCAAAGGGUAUAUUUCGUAAAAAGUCUUCCGUACGUGACAUGUUAAGUUGGACAUCGGAGGCCAUAAGUCGUCCCAUGCUGGCUUUGUCGCGUGACAAAACCGAUAAGAAAAUUGCCAUAGAACUGUUUAAAUUGGUGCAAAUCUAUAUGGGUGAUCGUAAGGCACGAGCAGGCAUGAGUUUAAAUUCGGUAGCCAUAGAUAUAAUAACAGCCGCAUUGCCACAGCAACAAUUACGAGAUGAAUUGUAUGUACAAUUAUGCCGCCAGACCACAGAAAAUCCCAAACGGGACUCUUUAAUUCGUGGUUGGGAACUAAUGGCCAUUUGUUUGUCCUUUGUGCCACCAUCAGUAACAUUUCAGCCGACUUUGUUAAACUAUGUCAAUCGCCACAGAGACACCACUUAUGCUAUAUCAUUUCCCGAGGUGGGCAAAUGGCCCAUACAUGUACAAAUAUCUCAUUACGCCACCGUGUGUUGCAGACGUUUGGAUCGUAUUGGUAGUCAUGGGCGCAAGCAGGCGAAAAAGCCUACGGACGAUGAAGUGGAACAAGCUAGGAAUCAAAUUUUACGCAAUAGCAUGUUUGGCAAUACUUUGGAGGAGGUAAUGCAAUUGCAAAAGGAUAAAUUUCCAUUCCGCAAAUUGCCGUGGAUACAAACAACGCUAUCGGAACAUGUCCUCCAACUCAAUGGCAAACAAACCGAGGGCAUAUUCCGUGUUUCGGCAGAUGUUGAUGAGGUGAAUACUUUAAAAAGUCGUUUAGAUCGGUGGGAUGUUCCUGAAUUUAAAAAUACUAUGGAUGCUCAUGCGCCUGCUAGUCUUUUAAAGUUGUGGUAUCGUGAGCUUUAUGAUCCUUUAAUACCAGAUGAAUUGUAUGAUGAAUGUGUAAAUACCGAGGAUCCAGAUAAAGCCAAAGCUAUUGUUGAUAGAUUGCCAGAAUUAAAUAAAUUGGUCCUAACCUAUUUAAUACACUUCCUACAACAAUUCUCCCACUCCGAUGUGGUUAGCGCCACCAAAAUGGAUUCAUCCAAUUUGGCCAUGGUGUUUGCGCCCAACUGUUUGCGCUGUAUGUCGGAUGAUCCGAAAGUUAUAUUGGAAAAUGCACGAAAAGAAAUGUCAUUUAUGCGCACAUUAAUACAACACAUGGAUACAACGCAUGUAGCCAAUUUAAUGUAAAUAGUUAAGAUGAAA